UGUAACUCUCUAGGAUUAGAGAAUGUCGUGAAAUAACGCGCGAAAGCGCUGAUGUACCAAACGAUAGAUUAAUUUUGCUGACAAAGAAAAAUGCCAGGUCUAUUAGAAUCGUGUCGUGAUCUGUAUGACACGGAGGACUUGUACGAUGUACUGAAAGUAAGGAAAAAUGCUAGCCAACAAGAAAUCAAGAAAGGCUACCAUAAGUUAUCACUGAAAGUACACCCGGACCGAGUUAAGGAGGAUGACAAGAGCGAGGCCACACAGAAGUUUCAGACUCUUGGCAAGAUCUACAGCAUUCUGUCCGACAAAGAGAAGCGAGCUGUUUAUGAUGAAACUGGGGACAUUGAUGAGGAGAAUGAUGUGGAACAAGACAAGGAUUGGUAUGAGUACUGGAGAAUGCUGUUUGCCAAGAUAUCCAUCAAAGAUAUUCAGGAAUAUGAAAAAAAGUACAAAGGGUCCAAGGAGGAGCUGAAGGACCUGAAGGCUGCCUAUCUGGAGUCCGAGGGAGACAUGGACGUGAUCCUCGAGAGUGUGUUGUGUGCUACCAUUGAUGAUGAAGACAGAUUUGCCAAAAUACUCAAAGAUUUCAUCAAGAAGAAAGAAGUGCCAGACUUCAAGGCCUUCAGUAAAGAAUCUAAGACAAAGAAAGCAAAGAGAAGGAAAGAGGCAGAGGCUGAGGCUGAGGAAGCUAAGGAUGCCAUGAAAGAAAUCGGAAUGAAGGAAACCGAUUCCCUGAAGGCUAUGAUUCAAAAGAGGCAUGCAGCGCGGGGUGCUUCGGCUGACGACUUCUUUGCCCAGCUGGAAGCCAAGUAUGCAGAACCAAAGAGACCAAAGCCUGGCACCAGCAGAAAGUCAAAGUCAAAGUCAAAGUCAUAACAUCUGGGGACUCCGAAUGGACUGGUUAGGAAUUUGGGAAUGAAAAACCUAAAUCCAGUUUGCUUCUUAUUCCAUUCAUUGCAAGUUGCAUGUUGGUUACCAUGGUUAUUGUUGUAAGUUAUUUAUGCUGCUCAGCGUUUGAAAUGUCACUUUGUUGAUAUACACUGUAUUUCACUUAUCAAAUUUGUCUCUUAAGAUAUAUUGUGAAAUAAAAACUUUUGAAUGCUUA